AUGGCGAACGUACAGGUUGAUGUAUUGCCCGGGCCGUUCCUCCAGCUCGGCGAAGCUCCACACUGGGACGGCGAGUCGCAGAGCCUUUACUACGUCUGCAUUCUCAGCAGCACACUGCACCGGUACGACUGGAAGGAAAAUAAAACCUACUCCGCCAAGAUCGAGGGCAGCACGUAUGCUUCGUUCGUCAUUCCCGUGAAGGGGCGCAAGGGGGAGUUUGUGGUCGGUAGCGGCACUCGGCUGUUGCUGGUAAGCUGGGAUGGUUGCUCCGAGACGGCCUCGAUCGUUAAAGUGUUGACCGAUUUGGGCGAGGAGGAAGCUGACCACCGGUUCAACGACGGCAAGGUGGAUGGGCAGGGUCGGCUGUAUGCAGGUACCAUGCUGGCGGAGGACUCCCGCAAUCACUUCGAAAUGGACGACGGCAAGCUGUACCGGUUCGACGCUGGCCGCGGGCAAAUGGUACCACUCAAGAGCAAGGUACACAUCUCGAACGGCCUGACCUGGAGUGCGCGCACCGGCAAGUUCUACUACAUCGAUUCGUUUGCAUUCGACAUCAAAGAGUACACGGUGGACGCGGAGGGCAAUCUGGGAGGGGAAACGGUGCUGAUAAAGCUGAAGGAUGACGAGGCGGCCACCGAGUUCAUUGCGGACGGGAUGACGAGCGAUGCCGACGGCAACCUGUACGUGGCCGUGUUUGCCGGCUCGAAAAUCAUCAAGAUAAAUCCAGAGACCGCCAAAGUUGUCCAGGAGAUACCACUGCCCGUGGCCCAGGUAACAUCCGUCGCGUUUGGAGGCCCCAACCUAGAUGUCCUUUUCGUCACAACGGCCGCCAAAGAACUUUCCGUCCCUCAGGAACCUCCAGCUGGAGCCGUAUUUAAGAUCACUGGCCUAGAGUCACGUGGAGCUCCAAUGAACGAAAUCGCACUACCGUAGAACUUGUCCCCACCCACCAUCAAUUAACGCACCAAAAGAAGUUGUAUGGAUUCUUCUAAGCAUCUGCUUGGCGUUUGCGAUUGUUUGCCACCUUCCAUCGUCUGCUUGCCGUGCCUCUUCAUGAGUGUGAAAUUUGGGAGCUGUAGUAAUCAUUUCAAUUUCCACUCGAUAAGCGCCACAACGCAUUACCCGGCGGAAAAGUGUCGCAUCUUGGGUGACUGGAUGGUUUCUGUCUAUCUCUCUCCCUCUCUCUAUCUUUCUCUCACAGUCAUUCCAUUCCGGCUAACCCAUUUGCGGGACGCUGAAGCAAUGGACUAGUCUAGCCGACGGCUACUACUAGGACACGGUAUGAUUUGAUCACAAUAACAAUAAGUGCACCAAUUUCGACUAAAUGUUGAAUAAAUAAAGGAUUUACAUACACCCCAAGA